GGGUCCUUGAAGCGUGUCUACAUUUGAACUGCUGCCUACAGUCUUACUACUUUACAGGCAGACUCUACACACUAAAACCACAAGUAAUCCUAAAGCUGAGUUAAAAAUACGGAUGUCAUAACAUUCGGUGGAUCCAAACACUGUAGUUGAAAUUAAUAUCGGCGUAAUUUGAAUCAUUCUAAGCGGGAUCGAGAAGGACCAGAGACGACCACGAUCCCAGAUCAGAGAUCCCUCCAAGUGAAAUGAAAGCGGGCGUCGUCCACUGUCGUUGCUCCAAAUGCUUCUCCAUCCCGACCGCGAGGAAGAGGGUCCGCAGGCGAGCUGAGGCCCAGACGCUGCUGUCCCUCCCAGAGGAGGUGCUGCUCUGCGUCCUCCAGUGCCUCUCCGCCGAGGACCUGCUGGCUGUCCGGGCAGUCCACUCCCAGCUGAAGGACAUCGUCGACAACCACUCCAGCGUUUGGGCCCGGGUCAGCUUCCGGGACACCUGGCCGGACCCCAAAAGUGUCUGGCUGUUUGAAAGAGCCGCGGAGAAGGGGAACUUUGAAGCCGCGGUGAAGCUGGGGAUCGCCUAUUUGUACAACGAAGGACCGCUGAAGUGCGACGAGGGGCAGGCGGAUGUGUGCGGCCGCAAGGCGUCCCACUACUUCAGCCUGGCGGAGGCGCUGCACCCUGCCGCCACGGACCCCUUCACCUGGGUGUUCAUCCGCCCGCCCUGGUCCCUGGUGGGCAGCUGCUGCAAGGCCGUGGUCUUCCACCGCCUCAAGGCCCAGUGCGAAGCGAGUCAGGAGAAGAAGGGGCCACUGCUGCACUCCCUGGCCAGAGUCCUGCUGUGCUUUGACGACGAGGAGAUGCACACGGGGGCGUUGGCCAUGCUGAAGGAGUCCGCCCAGGCCGGCUGCCUCCAGAGCUCCUACCUCCUGUGGGAUCAGAACUACAAGGCGUCGAUGUCAGACCCGGGCCGGUUCCUGCAGUCUGUUCGAACGCUCCGUGACUACGCUGCCAAAGGCUGCUGGGAGGCACAGCUGUCCCUGGCCAAGGUGUGUCUGAACGGGAACCCCCUGGGCCUGGAGGGCAAGGCCUGCGUGGAGCAGGUGGCCCAGUUCUUCAGCUCCUCCCCGCACACGCCCCGGCCCCGCGCCGCCGAGACGCUGAGGAGGGGCAUCAAGGACACCAUGAGGUACAUCCUGGUGGACUGGCUGGUGGAGGUGACCACCAUGAAGAGCCUGUCCAGCCUGACGCUGCAGGUGACGGUGGGCUGCGUGGACCGCUACCUGGCCCGGCGCUCAGUCCCCAAGGCCCGGCUCCAGCUGCUGGGCAUCGCCUGCAUGGUGGUCUGCACCCGGUACACGAGUCGGGACAUCCUGACCAUCCGCGAGGCCGUCUGGCUCACGGACAACACCUACAAGUAUGAGGACCUGGUGCGCAUGAUGGGCGAGGUCAUGGCCGUGCUGGAGGGAAAGAUCAGGACGCCCAUGCUGCUGGACUACGGCAAGGUGCUGCUGUACCUGCUGCACCUGGAGUGGCGCACCGUGCACCUCUUCAAGUACGUCUGCGAGCUGUCGCUGCUGCACUCGGCCUUCGCCACGGCGCCGCCCGCCAAGCUGGCCUGUGCCGUGCUGCUGCUGUCCCGGGCGCUGCAUCACUACGCUCCCGUUUGGCCCAGACAGAUGGUCGAAUACACGAGCUUCUCCAAACAAGACCUCACCACAUACGCUCUGCAACUCUACGUCAAAUGUUUCAGUCCCGACGUUCCCAAGGACUACCGCCACGUCUCCCUGACCGCCGUCAAGCAGCGCUUCGACGACGAGGCGUACCAACAGAUCAGCCUGGAGAAGGUGGUGGACUUCCGGGAGCUGUGUCAGAUCCUGGAGGUGCCGGAGGUGGAGCCCCCCAUGGACCCCCCCAGCCCCACCGGCUCCCCGGCCGACAUCCACACCUUCCUCUGCUCGCCCUCCAGCAACAACAAAAGGAGAAAGGAUGACGACCUGCAGGCGGACCGGGGCACGCCCACUGCCGAGCUGUCCCCCCAGGAGGAGACCUUGCUGGGGGAGAUGCUGGACUGGAGCCUGGACGCGUCCGGCUCCGGCUACGAGGGGGACCUGGAGGAGAGCGAGCUGGAGAGGGACGGAGAGGCAUCCGUCAACGCCAUCAACUUGCACGAGUGGUUUGACGCCGCCGACGGUCCGGACCCCGAUCUAGACCGCCGGAUGGACCUGGACCUGGACCACUCCCGGGACCAGGGUCCGGACCGCUGCCGGGACCACUGCCGCUCCCUGUCCAGCGCCGAGAACAGCUUCUGUGAAGCGGAGCGAGGCGGCGGGGAGGCGUCGGAGUGCGGCGGUAGCAGCGGCGGCGGCGGCGGUAGCGGCCCGGCCCGGACCCGCAGCCGUUCCCGCGCCCCGCUGCCCUUCUCCCCCCUGGAGCUCCAGAGCUCGGGCUACGCCUCCAUCCACUGCUCCAGCUCUUCCCCCACCUGCUCCUACUCCGCCCUCGUCCCCUGCGCCGUCAAAGACUUGCCCGCCGCCGCCGGCGGCCACGGCGGCGCCCACGCCUCCCCGGGCUUCCGUCUCCUGGUGCCCAUGCAGCGGCCGGCGGUCUUCUCCUGCAAGCAGGUGAAGAGGAAGAACGCGGCGGCGCACAGCGGGGGGGAGAUGGAGGUGGAGGAGGCGGAGAGGGAGGCGGGCUUUCUGAGCCUGUGAACGAUCGGCGUAUGGCCGCCCCCUCUGGGUUCUCUCCUCGGGGUCGAUAUGCCGCUGCUCCAGCACUUUCCUGUCCGUCGUGGCUAUUUUACUGACGCGCGUCUGCGUGCACUACUCCCUGCCACCGCCAGGAGUUGUAUUUAAAAAAAAAUAAAAAAUUAGCUUUAAGACGGAGAGAGAGAAUAAAGAUUUUUUAAAAAAAGAGGAAGUGUAUUUAAGUAAAACAAAAAGAAAACGUUUGAUUUCAGGUCCCAUCUUUCACGUCGGGUGUUUUUACUGGUUGGUCGUGUCAGACCUCCUGUUCACCUGGACCACUGUCUCCCAGUCCAACCCCCCCCCCUCUAUACUCUGCUGGGAGCCUCCCGGAACAGGACUCUGCUCAGGGGGCCGAGAGGGCCACAGACUAACGCAACACUCUAGCUCGGAUAGUUUCAGGCGCAUAAAAGGUUUUCGGUUUUUAUUUCAUGGAUCAACUGUGAGAACAUGUCAUGUAUAUUUUUAUAUGUAUAUAUAUAUUUAUAUAUAUAUAGAUAUAGAUACAUGUAUUUUUAAAAAAAAAAGGAAGAAAAAAAAACUAACGCACUGUCGGUAUAAAAGAAUAACCACUUGUGAUAUUUUGGGAGAUGUUAUUAGCAAUUUAUUAUUUUUGAAUUUAAAAAUGAAAUGUAUUUUAGCAUUUUCAAUUGUUGUGUACGUGUGGGACGUUGCUAUGUGAUCUACUGCCUGCUUCGUCUGCCUCCAAAUCUACCUGUAGAGAAGACUGUGAACGUGGUUCUAAUGUCUGGGCCGGGCGCUCAGAGCACCUGGAGCUGGAGGUGAAGCGUUGAGGCAGCGUGGCGGAGAACCGCGUCCUCCACACAAAAAAAAAACGUGCGAGUCUUGUUGCACGGCUGAAAGCAGACAAAAAACGCUGUCUGCUAGAUGUGAACGCGGCCAUGGGUAGACUUGCGAAACGACUCCGCUGUUGUGUUUCUCUGACGCGCCUUAACGACCCGCCCGAUCACGCAGCAUUCCACGGCCGCGCUGGGCAGGUGGAACCCAAAAAGUGUUGGUUCUGCGAUCGGGAUUCUCAGUAUUUUUCCAUAACUUGCAAAGUCCCGGAGAAACGCGUACAGACUGCUGUUGAAACAAUCAAAUAUGAAUUAAGGGAAUUAUGUGGAUGUGUUUUACUUGUUCGGAGAAAUGGUAGAUGUCUAAGCCUUACUUGAUGUGGUUAUUUGAGUACUGUACUCACUUGAAACUGUUCUUUGCAAAUGGUGAUGUGACUUUUGUGUAAAAAAGAAGGUUCCUUUAGAAGGUUAGUCUCCUGUGAUAAAUGUUCAUAUGUAUAGUGGAGACUGAAGCUUGUUUUUUUUUGCUGUAUUCCAAAAUCUAUAAAGUUUAAUGUUCACACUUUGUUUUUGUACAUUGCUGUCUAGUCUUGAUGUGAAUACCUAAUUAUAUUACUUUUCAAUA